AUGCCGUACAUUUGCUCGUGUGAUGAUAACCACAUGGAAACUAUCAAGUGGAUUCACAAAAAUCACACGUUUAUUGCGGGCCCCCGAGAAGACUAUAGAUGUACAUUGCAAGGUGAACGGUUAUACAUUUUCCAAAAUGCCUUGGAAAAGACCAAUGCUUACUGUCGAAAACAAAAUAUAAAGCGCACUCUCGCCAUUUGUCUUCCAAUAGUGUGCGUGUCUCUGCUUAUUGGACUUCUUAUAUUCUUCAAGAUCCAAACUUCGAGGCGACGGAAACGGGAGAGAAAGAAUCUUCGGUCUCAGAUUGAGUUGGGGGAGUUUCCAAUGAAGUUUGUAGCGUUCCUAUCAUUUAGCUCCGAUGAUGCCGAGUUGGUCGUGAACACAAUCUUACCGAAACUAAAUUCAGAGUUACAGCUGAAAAUAGGAACUAAUCGUGUUUUGGUGUGCUCCGGUGAUCGCCAUUUUAGACCCGGAUACGCGCUUGGUGAGGAGAUAAUACGUUGUAUUGAAGACUCGGCUGUCAUCAUUCUGGCAGUGUCUAAACACUUCUGCCAAAAGGAAUGGUGCAGGAAAGAAGUGCAGGAAACUUACGACCAAAAUAAACCAAUAAUAUUGCUUUUUCUGGAAAGAGUUGAGCCUGACGAGAUGGGCAAAGUUCUCCAGAAGGUGUUUAACAGGUACACGCAUGCGUCGUGGAUUGCAGAUGCCAAUGACGGCCAUAUUGAGCCUGACUGGUCUGUAUUAUGCGAUGCUCUUUUGGAUUUAACAGUUGAGCAAUUAGAGAAAAAUCGUGUGAACUGA